UACGAACGAUGGUGGCUCGAAGUUGGCCAGUCAGUGAAAAGCGUUCGUUAGAGACACUCGUAACGUUCAUUGUAUCUUUUGGUUGAUUGUGUUUUUCAACAAUUUUUAUAUCCUUAUAUUGAUACUAAUUAAUUCAUUAUAUUUAAGAUCAAUUAAAUAAAGUGUAAAGUUUAAUAAUCAUCCGUUUGACAAAGGACUAUCGGUAUUUGAAUUUUUUGAUUGGCGGGAAAUUUAAAAUCCUCGUAACAUCUUGAAGUGUCAUAUUAAAUAUCAGAAAAAUAUUAAUAUUUAAAUGAUGUAAAAGAAAGUUAUUUUUUCUUACAAGAGGACAUAAAUUCGUUUGAACUACUACACCGACUUAAUAUCUUAAGCAUAGAUGGAAAAAAUCUUUUGUAAAUUAUGAAGAUAGAUUGUUCUGCAAAAAGAAUGACAGAUGUAGUAGGUAUCAAGAAAAUUUGACAAGAGAGAGAGAGAGAAGGAGGAAAAGAAGACAAACAUGAAUUCGUCCUACCGAUGGGGGCAAAACGAAUAUGGCAGCAAAUAUCAUUUUUCUUAUUAUAGUCAGUUCGGUGAAAGGUACGAAGCAGCUGUUGUAGAGGUGACAGUACUUCUCAUUACGUUCUUCGCAGCAAUCAUUGUCAAUGUUGGAAUGGCUGUUUGCGUGCUCAGGUACAAGGAGAUUAGAACGCCCACGAACUUGUGCCUAGUGAACUUGGCUGCAGCGGAUCUAUUGUUUGCUCUUGGUAUCCCAGUGGUUGCUUACACCAGAUUGACGCAAUCUUGGGUACUCGGUGACGUAGUUUGCGCAUUAUUACCAUAUUCCGAGUACGUAUGUGGCUUCGUACUUUUAUGGACGCUCACAGUUAUAUCAAUAGACAGACACAAAUGUUUAGCAGUAGCACCAUAUAGAAGCAUCCUAACUAAUCAAAGAGUGCUGUUUAUUUGUUUAACAACAUGGAUCGUCGCUUUUUUUGUUUUUCUUCCUGUUACAAUUUGGUUUAAGCCAAGGGCAGUCUCGGGUGGUGUUAAAAUAUGUACUCUUGUCUUUCCACAAAAAUCAAUGGUGAAAAUAUCACUUAUUUUUACUAUAGUAACACUCACGUUUACUUGUCUAUUACCAAUGAGUCUUUUGGUGUAUCACUAUCAACAGAUAUUUAAAAAGAUUCUUAAUACGCGAGAUAGAUGGGCUGUACCUUGUGUAGCUCAGGACUUAACCACUGGUAAAGGAAAUAGAAGAGAUUCGGAAUUAUCGGUGGUAGGAUCAUUAAUACCAUGGGUUGGAAGAAAAUUAUCUACAUCAUCAGUUAUAGAACGUACUGGUAGAACUGGUAGUAUGUCACAACACGAGGAAGUCCGUCUUCACAAGCAUAUACGUGUCAUGCGGAUUUUAUUAUUAAACGUAGUUGCCGUUUUAGUUAUGUGGUUGCCAAUAACGAUCAUCGCUCUCUUGCUUUUCAUUGAUGCUCAGAGACCACCUAAACAAACUGAUUUUUUCAUGAGAUCGCAUCAUUUCAUUUGGGCACUUAUUACAGCUCAAUUAAAUACAGUGGUCAAUCCUAUUCUUUAUGGUAUAUUCUCAGAAAACUUUAAAGUCUGUGUUACCAAAAUUCUACAACGUCGUUCCAAUAAAAACGAUGAACAAGAAGAUCGUAGUGCUAAUGGUUCGAAGAAAAGUGCUAAAUCAUUAGAUACACUUCAAGAUCGACUUGGUGGUCCCAGAAUACAAAAUAGUUUUAGAAAUUCUGUGAAACAACCAAAGAGUUCCAGUUGCAGUAUUGGAAGUAUAAUAGAAAUGCCCAGUUCUGAAAAAAUUUAAACAUAUUUAUUAUAUUUAUUAAUAAAUUUACUUGUGUUCUUAUAGAUAAA